UUCUGAAGACGAAGAACACUAAGAUGGCUGUUCGCUGAAGUAGAAAACUUUCUUGAAUUUGGUGGUUUUUUUAACCGUUCAAAACGCUUGAAAUUCUUGAAGUCUUGGAUCUGGUGUUCCUUGGAGUCCUCCAAAGUACCAUGUAAAACAAAGCGUGGUGUUUAGCAAAAAAUAAUGGGGUUUUUUGUCGUCGAUCGACGUACCUUCGCGUUUGGAUUUGCUGUGUUUUGCUUUCAGAAGUCGGUAUUGAAGUACUAAACUGGCGCCGAUAUUCGGCGAUUUUUAGGUCUUUCGAUGGACCUAUACAUACAUACCCUUACUGGUACUGCCUUUGAGUUAAGAGUAAGUCCUUUCGAAACAAUCAUGAGCAUCAAAGCCAAAAUUCAACGUUUAGAAGUAUUUGUGAUGGAGCAACUUUACAACUUGUUCUUGCCAUGCGUGGAGGACCAAUCAACACUAGAAGAGUUCCAAUGGAGGAUCCAAGUUUACAAGAAAUGGCUGAAUACAUGGAAGCCAACCAAGAUGAGAUCUGGGACAGACUACCCAAGGAUAACCGUCAAGUAACACUGCUCGUUUUUAGAGAUGGUGAUCAAUUGAAUUUUUUCCGUGUAGUUGACAGAGGUGAUGGAACUCUGACACCUCUAUCAGAUUCACUGAGUGGAGCAUCUAUGUAUAAUUUGUAUGACGAAGAAGAAGAAGAGUCCCAAAAGCCUGUAUCUCAGGAAACAUUAAAGGAAAACAAAGUGACAAUGAAUAAGAUGAAGCUGUUGCGUCACAAACUACAGUCACAGAAAAUUACUAAGCCUGAAAUGCUUCCUCAUCCACCAUCUGUUGAGAAACCUAAGACCAUUGCUCCCAGUGCACGACGAAGGUUACGUCUUAGCGAUGCCUCUCACAAGCAACAAACAAGUCAAAAAAUAAUAAGCCCCAAAAAACCAGAAAAAUCUAAUAUGAAGUCAUAUCUACCCCACCCCCCUCCCCCUAUGGAAGCCAAUGGUGCUAAAAGGGGAGAAGGAGGGGGAGGUAGUGGGAAGGAAACGAAGGAAAAAGGUCACCUACCACCUGUCAACACUAAAAAAGGAAAACAAAUAGAUGUAUCAGACUUUUUACCAAACACACAAGACUCUAAACCAGUAACGAGUUUAAAUAGUUCGUUGACAAGAAGUGCAUUCAAAGAUGGCAGAAGGAGUAUUUCAGAACUGGUUAAAGACGCAAAAGAGAUAAAACCUCUAGGAAGUAUAUCUAAACCUAAAGUGACUUCAAAACAUAAAACUUCUAGUCCGCAAUAUGGAGAUUCUGUUGAGUACCAUUUAUCAGGGAGUGCACGAUUACAGAGAUCGAAAAAUAAUCAUUCGUCACGCAGGACUUCAGUUUCCCCCAGURGGGACAAUCUAGAGUAUAUAUCUGGUGGCAGUACUAUACGGAGGUCUAGGAUACCAGAAGAGUAUUUACAAAGUGGAUACCAGGGGGAGGCGAUGCCUACUAGUGCUGGACUGACAAGGUUACGAGGCUUGGAAAAUAGAGUACAUACACCUGAGAGUCGGCAAAAUGGAUUUCGUAAUGGUUCAAGCAGCUAUAAACAUAACCAUGAACGCUCAGUGGCUCCACCCCAUCAUCUGCCUCCCGUCAAGACACAUCCUCCACAACUUGUACCAAGUAAAAAGAAAACACGGUGCUUCUUUUGUGGAAAAAAGACUGGAUUAGCCACUACCUUCCAAUGCAGGUGUGGAAAUACUUUCUGUGGUACUCACCGCUACGCUGAGGUCCAUGGUUGUACUUAUGAUUACAAAAGCGAAGGGCGUAAAAUAAUUGAACAAAAUAACCCAGUUGUCGCAGCACCUAAACUUCCUAAAAUCUAAAAACAUAUAUAAUUAUUGUAUUGCAGUAACUCUUUGUAAAUAUAAAGAUUGCAAUAUUUCACCUGUCUACUUCCAGCUAUGUUUUCAUGGUAUUAUUUAACGGGUCAAAAAGUCGGUCACUUUUUUCUUCAACUAUGUGGAUACUAGAUAUUGAAAUUCCAAUUAUUUUGUAUAAUAGAAUAUCAAAGUGGUAGUGUAAGAGAAUUCCUGAGUGAAUGAGUGUUUUAUAAAUAUUAGUCAUGAACACUUUGCUAUGCAAAUUUUAUUGUCUACAAGUGGUGUGUAGUAAGUCUUAAAUUCAAUUGAGCAGUUUUUGUAUGACUGUGAAAAGCUCAGUAAGGUAAGUGUCAUGCAGUGACCGUGAUGUUUUCUAGAAUUUUAAYUAGCUAAUUGGCUUUAAUGUGAUUGGUCUGGAAGUGCAAUGACCUUGGUAUGGCUGUGCCAUGGUUAUACCAUGUUACGGGUAUUCAAUUGGAUGGAGAGUAAAUUCUCAAGCAAUUUGAUUGGUCUGGCAUAUGCCUUGCCGUGUCACUACCAUGUUUGUGCUGCAAGCUUUUCACAGUCAUAUGAAAAGUGCUCUACCAACUACAUUUUUCUGGUUUCUAAAAUCAGUACACAGUCAACUGUCGGUUCCAAAAUUUCUAAAACACAAUUUUAACUAAUAAUUGUCUUGAGGAUUUGAUUCUUAGGGUUUGAAUUAAGGUAUUGGAGAGUUAAAAAGAAUUGGAAUAAUAGUCUUUUCCGAAUUUGCUUAGAUGACAACGAAACAAUGGUUUGAAGUCGAKACUGAACUUGAUUYUUUUAUUCAUCAAGUYYRACCUCAACUUGAUAUCAUUGUUUCAUGACCAGUGAAGCGAAUAGCCCGAUCUUUAUUUACGUUUUUCCUCAUGAGCAAUUWAAAAAAUUUCAAGCUUCAAGCAAACCAACUCCAGUAUGAUUUAUAAAGAAAUGUAUGGUCGUGUGUGUAAUCAUACAUUUCUUUGUAAUUUAUAGUGUUUUCAAAAAAAUUUUGCUCCCAAAAUAUGAAACAUUACUCUCAAAUUUUCAAUAGUUACUAAAUAAGACAUUCUCUUUCGAUUUCUGGAGUUGGUUUGCUUGUAGCUAGAAAUUUUUUAUGCUAAUGAGGAAAAAAAGUAAAUAAAGAUUGGCCUAUUAGAAAGGUCUAUUAGGCUACUUUUUGUGAUAGGAAGAGGACAGUAUAAUCAUAGUAUUACAAUAAAUGCCGGCAGCCAUCCACUGGUAAUAAUAAAAUCAUCUUCUGUUUAAAA